AACCAUUCCAGUUACUUGCAAGCAAAUGUUUCGGCAACGCCCUCAUACAUCAGAUUUUAUCCUGCUGAACAGGAUCGCAGCAAAAUGUUUCAGUUGCCACUUAUUGAAGCCAACAAACUAUAUGAUUCCACAACAUACGUCGUCACCAUCACUUUCACGAAAAUACGACUAACGGUCGACAAUGACCUUCAGGUCGCACUCUGUGACAGUGGACGUUGCCUAGGAUUUCACUAUUUCGACAUGGGAGGGCUUUCUCCCAUUGAAUGGAACGAUAGAAGUAACUUCUGCUACUCAACAGGAGGAUUCACUGAGGAGGAAACAGAUUGGGGACUUCAAGAUAGCGAACAAGUAUGGACAACAAAGUUCGACGUCUCUCCCGAUCAGAACACGUGGGCAACUACAAUGAGUCCCGUAUUUUCGCGCGCUUCAGCUAGCACUUUUUCAACUGCCAUACAGCCCAGGUUAGGACUGUGGUUGGUGGCAUGCAGAGGACAAGCACCGGAGCAGCACGACUUGCGUUACUUCGAAAUCACUGUUAAAAGAAACUAACAUUUCUACACAGUACAAUUAGCUGCAAGGACACCAUAAUUGCGGCAAUUUCUUUUUCCCUAGAUGUAUCUUUAUGGUUG